AUGACGGUGGAGAUACUCGAUGCAUACUCCAGUCACGACCGGCUCUGCUACCCGUUCCUCUCACCGAAGGCACUGGACCGGGCAUUAGAUGCCGUUUACGAUGUGAGAAACUCGGAGAGGGCGGAUCCGAUCGACAGCUUUCUUGUUGACAUGACUCUUGCCAUUGGGACAGCGCAAGUCUACAAGCUGAACUGGAACGGGUUCUGGGAUUCCGAGGUCCAUUACACGCGUGCCAUGACGCGAUUGGGCGAUGUGCUCUCUCGCGGAGGUAUCACUGCUCUUCAGGCCCUGCUUCUGAUCUGUCAAUAUAGGAUGGGGACGACCUCGCACGACACGAGCACCAGCGUCUGGCACUUGAUUGGAGUUGCGGCGAGGACAUGCUUCGAGCUUGGCUUGCACAAGGCAUCAACGUGUACCGUCUCUCAGUCACUAGUAGAUGGUGAGGGGGGUGCGGAGGGGAAGCACGAAGACGUUGAGAUCAAGAGACGGUGUUUUUGGAGUGUGGUAUCGAUGGAUCGGAUCGCUAGUCUCAUCUUAGGCCGACCCUUGGCCAUCCAGCUCGAGGAUAUUGACGUCGAACUCCCGCCCUUCGAAUUGCCCGGCAGCCCCGUCCCGCUCUCCAGAUCUUUGUCGACGGCCUCUUUUAAGACUCCAGAGUGGCAUCUGGGAACUGCAAUCUUCGUCCACAUCGUCAGGUACCGAUUAAUUUGCGGCAAGAUCCUUAACGUCCUCCACCGCAGUGCGAACACAGCUCGAGACCCGGUCACCUACGAAGAUAGUCGAAGCGCCCUCGUCGAAGAGCUCCAAUCAUGGCGCGAGGGAACGAGCAGCCUACCGCUGAUUCCUCCAGAUGCGCCGCUUACCUCGCCUGCCAGUAGGUCUAGUUUCCGCUCGGCGGAAUGGUACAAUCUCCUCUACCACAACGGAAUCUUGAUGCUGUUCCGGCCAUCUCCCACCUUAUGCGAUGCGACUGGAAAUAGUAUUGUGCUACAGCACAUGUUUGAUUCUUCGCAAGAGGCUAUCAAGCUGUACGCCAACCUACAUCGCUCCAGAAAGAUCAACUAUUCUUGGGUGACGCUUCACUCCAUCUUCAUCGCAGGACUCUCCUACAUCUAUGCAUUGAGAAACCAUCUCCAGCAUAUACAAAGCCGGAAUCCCGCGAAUGCCAACGCGCCCAGAGCUACACUGCGAACAACUCCCACGAUCAGCCAGGUGGUCAACGACACACGAGCCUGCUCAAAGGUGCUGGUGGCGGUGUCCGAGAGAUGGGCCAUGGCACGCAACUGCUCAGAAGUAUUCGACCGUCUCAGUGACGCCGUUGUCUCUGAUAUUGUCGAAGCCCAAACUGGACACGGCUCAUCAUCGAAUGAGUCGACAUAUAACAAUCAAGCUACAGGCGAGACCGAACACCUAUCCCAGGCUAUGGACAUGAGUCUCAAUGAUGCCGUGUAUGGUCAAGGCUCUAGCCAGAACUUUGUCAACAUGACUGUCGACGAGACUCUGCGAGAUUGCUUCGGGGAUCUGCAGAAUAUCUGCUAUGACCAGUAUCACAGCGAUGCUAUUGCUCAACUUUCCCAAGAUUGGCUGUUUGGAAUGGGAGAAACUCCGAGUCGCUACUUCUAG